AUGACAGACCAACAACAACAACCCACAGAGCCCACGUCUCAGGAAUCCAGCACCUGGAAAAACGAAGAAAAAUCAGCGAACCCUCCAUCCUCGUCGGACUCGACGUUGAAAGACCAAGAAAAUACAGGCAGCAACAGCACUAACUCCAAAUCGAUCGAUUCAUCGAAGAAUGCCGCCGACGAACACGAAUGGAUCGAGGGGAUCCCCUUGCUUAUGGUGCUGGUGGCGGUCACACUGGUAGUGUUCUUGAUGCUGUUGGAUAUGGCGAUUUUAUCGACGGCUAUUCCCGAGAUCACGAGUCAGUUCCAUUCGUUAGAUGAUGUUGCCUGGUAUGGCAGUGCGUACACAAUAUCAAGCGCUUCCUUGACGCCAUUGACAGGGAAAUUCUACUCCAACUUCAAGUCCAAGUGGACAUUCCUUGGCUUCUUUACCAUUUUCGAACUCGGUUCUCUUCUCUGUGGAGUCGCCAAUUCCUCCAAAAUGCUGAUCGUGGGGCGAGCUAUCGGUGGUAUGGGAGGAUCGGGCAUGGUCAACGGGGCUUUGAAUAUUGUCGCGGGCGCGGUCCCGAUGCAUAAACGUCCUCCUCUGAUUGGGGUUAUGAUGGGAUUUGGGCAGCUGGGGCUUGUUCUGGGUCCUCUCAUCGGCGGUGCCUUUACCACAUACUCGACCUGGCGUUGGUGCUUCUAUAUCAACCUCCCAAUUGGCGGCCUUGUCGCUAUUCUCCUCGUCUUUACCAAAAUGCCCGAGCAAAAGCCCAAACGUCCCGCCAUCGACGUUCUCCGAGACUCGUUCACAAGAAAGUUCGAUCUGUUGGGAUUCGCUCUAUUCGCCCCGGCUGCCAUUCAGCUGCUGUUGGCUCUACAAUACGGUGGUCAUCAGUAUGCUUGGAAGAGUUCAACUGUCAUCGGACUGUUCUGCGGCUCGGGAGCCACAUUCAUUGCGUUCUUCAUCUGGGAGUGGCGGGUAGGCAACGAUGCCAUGAUCCCACUGAGCAUCGUGUGCAAACGCAUCAUCUGGUGCAGCUGCAUUCUUUCAAUGAUGUUAUUUGGUAUCACAAUGAUUGUGGCCUACUACCUGCCUAUUUACUUCCAGUCGGUGCGAGGGAAAACCGCGAUUAUCAGCGGUGUGGAUCUGUUACCCAAUAUCCUGGGUCAGUUGUUCCUGGCGGUGGUAUCGGGUGUUAUGAUGGGAAAACUCGGCUACUACCUGCCCUGGUCGAUCUUCGGCUGCGUGCUAACCACCAUCGGAAGUGGACUCCUCAGCACAAUCUCCCCCACCACUUCGACAAAAGACUGGGUUGGAUACCAACUGCUCAUCGGACUGGGUCGAGGAUGUUGCAUGCAAGUUCCUAUGGUCGCCGUGCAAAACGCCGUCGUCGCCGAAGACGUCUCCCCAGCAAUGGCCAUCCUCACCUUCAGCCAGACAUUCGGCGGUGCCAUUUUCCUGGCUAUUGCUGAGGUCAUCUUCGCUGAGGGUCUGAGAGAGAAGAUCCCGAAGUAUGCGCCCACCGCCGACACAGCGGAAGUCAUUGCCGCAGGGGCUAGAAGAUUCCGAUCCAUCUUGAACGAGGAGCAAUUGGCCGGGGUGCUGAAGGCAUAUUCGAAGAGUAUUGGUGAGAUCUUCUACAUGGCGAUCGCCUUGGGAGGCAUUGCGCUCCUGGUGACAUUUGGUAUUGGAUGGAAGAAUAUCAAAAAGGGGGGAAACGAUCAAGCCAAGGAGAACCGUGAGGACGGCGUAUAG